AUGAAGUUUUGUAUAGUCGCAGCUUUAUUUCAAAUCUUGAUAAUCAUCCUCUACGGCGCAUUGGUGGAGUAUGGUGAUCAUGCUUUGCCCCCUCAUAAACGCAAAGGGGCUAAUCAAAACGCAUCAGCGUCUAAUCCCAGCUUGGAAGUCAACGAUGUGACGGUUUAUUACCCGAGUAAGUAGCUUAUCGCUUAAUAGUAUUUUUCACUUUCGUUAAACUUUGUUGUUGCAAAAGCAGUAUUGAAUUGUAUAUAUCACAUGAGCAGAAGAAUACCUCCUUUUUUUGAACUUUGAUAAAGGUCCUUGAAAUAAACUUUAGGACAAAUUAGCUUAGCUUACAGAUCUCUUGCAAGCCUAUGUGGUUAUGUCAAAUUACUUUCAAUUCUAUGAGCAGUUAGCAAACUUCCUCUAAGAAAAACAACAUAUUUCGCUUGCCCGUGCUGUUUACUCUUAAGGAUUAAAAGCUCGGAAAAAUGCUCGGAAACUAAGUCAAAGGUCAAACAACCUGUGGCGAGUUGAAAUACUUGCCUUAUCCGACUUCUUGAGUCACUCCCGCUAUUCAUCGCGCUCUCUUUGAAAGUAUAAGCGAAGACGAUAGGAGACGUUCAGCUCAAGCAGAAAGAGUCAGGAAAGUGUGACUCAACUGACCAAGAUGGAAAUACAUACUCGAACCACGACUAAACCGCUUAUUUUGCUCACAACUUGAUCUAGUGGCGAAAUUCCUCGUUUAGUUGAUAUCGAUACUCGUGAUACCUGCAAUGUUAACAACUUAUUUAUUUAUUUAUUUCUCGCUUAAGAAUGAUGCGUUAAUUUUGAUUUAGUGAAAAAGAAAGUAUUCUUAAUUAAUUGCAGCGAAUUAACAUACAAACUUAACGAAAUGGGAACGGUCGGAGGUGUGUCUCUGAAGGGCCUGUACAAGUGUGCUCGAGAGUCCGGGCUGGCUUUUGAUGACAGAUCCAGCCCGGUUGUGGUUUGUAUGAGAAAAUUCAUCCCAUAUGUUAGCCAGAAUAAAGUUGAUUACGUGAUAGUGUGCACGAUAGUAUAUAGAAAACACUUUCUUUUCUUGCAGUUAUAAAAUUUUCUAAUAUUCGAUAUCCAGAAACAAUUUUUCGCCACUUUCUUUCAACAUAGUUGUACGUUGUCCGGAUAAACCACUCCGCAAGUUCGCCUUUUUCUCCUCGUUGGUGCCUUCUCGUAAAAAUACACCAAAAAUCUGCAAAACAAAUCAAACACAUUUAGCCCUUUGUAAUCUUAAUCAAAUCUAGUAUUCUUCUCAGGAUGUGGUUAAUUUAAAAAAUUCUUUAUCGCCAGUAGGGAUAGUUCAGAAGGCAAUGACACGCAACAAUUGAUAGAAUUCUUUUUCCUUUAAAAGGGCAGUAUGGUGGGAGUUUGAAGACGUAUUCUGCAUUUUGAAAUCAAUAGCCCGCGACCAUUGUUAUAUGCCUUGUUUAUAUGCACUAAUUUCGCAAUGAAUAUGAAAUAGCGGUCUUUUGUUGUUAAAGAAAGAAAUAUUAUCAGGGGCGCUGGCGGAAUUUAAAAAAUCAAGCUUGGUAGGGUCACAUUCCACUCUUCUUCUUGAUGACAGUUACGCCACUUGAAUGGUCUUCCUUCACACUACACCGUGUUUACAGGGCUUCGAACUCACUGGCAUUGGAUUGCCAACACUUUGAAUUAAACAAUUACCUUCGAGCUCGUUUUUGACUGACCUACGAACGUAGAAAGUCAGUUUCCUUUUUUGUAGAACUGGCUCUGAUUGGCCGAUUAAUUUGAAGUGACCCGUUUGAGAUUCUUGCAUUGUUUUUCUUUUGUUUUGUGUAGUUUUGUUUUUACGUUUUUUUAAAAUAUUUUUCGAAGCAUUGCAAGCGGUUGAAAAGGCAUCCUUAUAAGCAAUUCAUAACUAUGAUUUAAGCUAACAGCGGUCCCUUUCUGGUCCGAGCAAGAUUGUACUGUUCCCUUUUCGGACAACUUCGUUAACACGACCAGAUAUAAAGGUUCGUGGCCUAUACCUGUUUUUUUUUUUUUAUGAACGCGGUUUUACUGGGACAGUGGGCGGUCGUAGAGUAAUGCGGUGGCCAAUUCCUCAUGGCUGGAUUUGGCUGAAUUCCGCGACAUGGCUCAUUAAAUUUUUCUUUGUUCUUCCAGUGUUCCAAGAUGUCCAUGUUAUGAUCUACAUCGGUUUCGGAUUUCUGAUGACCUUCCUAAAGAAGUAUGGCUAUGGAGCUGUUGGGUACAACUUCUUUAUCGCUGCUCUUAUUACACAGUGGGGAACCAUUAUAUCAGGCUGCUUCAAUCAGAUUUACGCCGAGGGACACAGCCAUAUUGAACUUAGCAUUCAAUCGUGAGUAUUUUUAUUUUGGUUUUUCGCAUCCUUCAACUACUCGAAAGUGUUGCAGCGUGUCUGGCUUUUAGCCUAGUUUCAUUUUGUUUUGUUUUGUUUUUGUUAGUUUGUUUGUUUUCAGUAAGUGACAUCAGGGGCACCCAACGAGAAUAUACUUCAAAACCACUUAAACAUAGCAUUGUUAAACGUAUUAUAGUAUUUAAAAAGUAGAUACAGUGAUCUGAAAAUUACAGGGAUCAAGACUUACCUUUCCGAAAAUUUCAGCCAGAAAAAAGGCUCCCGAAAAUUCUAGGUGACCUUUUUAGGGUAAAUCCGUUAAAAAUGGGCAAUUAUACCAUUUUUUAGAUGUUCGAAAAUCCUAGGAGAGGCAGGCAAGCAAGAAAUUUUACAACAAAUUUUCUGAAAAUUCUAGAUCUCAAAUCGUCUUCCGAACACAUAUUUCCCGAAAAUUGACGUUGGGUGCCCCUGUGACAUAGGCGGCUCGGAAGAAAACAUCCGAGUAAUCCUAACAUACAGGGCCGGGUUGUUCAAAGCUGGGUUGAGAUAACCCAGGGUUAGUGCGAAAUUUGAAUUCAGAUAUGAAGGCUUAAAAAGUUAAUUCAGUUUAAUUCUUUUUGUCAACAAGUUGAUGAUUGGAUGCUCUUAAUAUAACAGACCAAAAUACCCGAGAAAAUACUUUUGAACAAAAGAAAAAGAAACCCGAGUUAAAUUUAACACUGGGUUGAGCACUAAUCGGCCUUCGAACAACUGGGCUCACAAGUCGAACCUAUGACCGUCUCUGGUUACUAGUCCAGAGGCGCUACCACUAAGCUGUACAGGAAACUCGUAGGAGCAAUGACACUAAACUAGGUUGAUGUGGAAUCCUGCAUUCUGCAAGACUGGGCUCAAUUUCCAGCCGCUGUUCGAGAAAUGAGCCCGCGUUCCUCCCCCGAACAGGCUCUUCAAAUCCAGCCUAUGCUGGGACUGAAAUGUCGAUAUGCGCGUAUUCUCAAAGAUAGAAAGUUGAUGGUGAGUUUCAUUAAGUCUAGUGAGGAAUUUGUUUUACUCAUUGAUAAUAGAGACCUUUAGUUUCGUGGAUGAAACAUGUUGGAGGAAGGCUUAUCAGAACAUGACCACAUUACGGUGAAUACCACAAUAUAUUGUGUAACAAUUAAAAGGAACAGAUAGAUAACCGAAAGUUUAUUCAUGAGCCGACGACAAUCGUGUUACAUAAACUAUCGUGUAAGCCGUGAAAAAAGUACUCAGCCGACUGCAAAUAAAAGAUCAUCGAUGAAAACAACAAUUUUUGUUUUGCAACACAGAUUAUCAGUAAAAUGACUGAUAGCUCGCUCAACAGAACAGUGUUACUUUUUAAUAACUCACCAAUCUUAAUCGGAGCCCCCGGAACAAAAGACCUCGAGAAGCCACCCCCACCCCCUCGGAAAUCGCCUCCUUUUGGACCCCCGUGGAGGAGGGAGUAGGGAUUUUUUCUGGAACUACACGUUAUCAAGAAAGAGUAGCCUGCGAAUACAGCUAUUUCUCCUUAUUCCUCGCUGCUUGGGUUUGUUCGCCAGGAGUAACGCCGUCCCUCCAGUCAAAACGUCCCUAUAACGGCAAGGAGCAAGGAGCAAGGAGCGACGGCUGUACACGGCGACGGCAACGGCAACGAGAACGGCUGUUCACGGCGACGGCAACGGCAACGAGAACGGCAAAAAAGCAAUUGGUUUAAUUAGUAAAACAACAACUUUGCACUUUUUUGUACAUUUCUUUGACGUCACUGCACGAUUACGACGUGAAAAUGCCUAAUUUCACCUUUUAUGGGCCUUCAAUGAAAGACGUAGACAAGCGACGAAGAAUUUUUCUUUCUCAGUCUUUCUAAACUUGAGUGCGGUCCCCAAGAAAUCAACUCCAGGGAAAUAGACCAACAUUUGACAUUUUCGGUGAAUUGGAAUUAACGCGACAAGGCUUUAAAACAAAGCGAAUUCAUUGGCGUUUUUUGCUGCCUUCACCGUCGUCGAUGCUAAAACUCCUUGUCUCGGUAAAAACCGUAUUAGAAUGACGAUGACGGCAAUUGUGUUUUUCCGCCAAAAUUGCGCUGGCUGGCUCACGCGCGCGAACUACUUAGUGCUGAGCAAAUCUCGUUCUUAUUGUCGUCCUCGUCUUAGAAUCUAAAGGUCUCUAACAUUUCCUGUUUCUUGCAGUUUGGUCACCGCAGAAUUUGCCGCCGCUACAGUUCUGAUCACCUAUGGAGCUGUUUUGGGAAAAGUUAGCCGUCUACAAUUGUUAGUCAUCGGUGUGCUCGAGAUUAUCUUCUACGCCAUCAACGAAUUAAUUGCUGUCGAGUUUCUGAAGUUUUCCGACGCUGGUGGUUCCAUUAUUAUCCACGCUUUUGGGGCUUAUUUCGGACUGGCUUUGUCUCGAACUCUUUAUACCAAGAAAGCUUUGGACAGUCCUAAAGAGGGAUCAAACUACCAUUCCGAUUUGUUUGCCAUGAUUGGUGAGUUCUUGAUCACAAAUUUUUGAUCCUUAUUCAGAAGGAAAGCCUUAAUCCGAUAAUUAACAAGGAGCAAUUUUGUUACAUGCGUGAACUGAUAAAAAAAGGGGUUAUAGAAAAGGAGCAUGAAAAGAAUCAAUGUAAAGAAAGUUUAUCUUAGUUUUGCGUACAUCCACCAUAGCAUUUUGUCCAUAAGCCGAAAAGUUGGAACAGCGUAAAAACAUUCACCAGUUUCAGUAAAGAUCAAAGUUGAUCGUCAUGUCUUUGAGCUUAUAAGCUUUUCACUAUCCUUACUACCCUUGCUAUUUGACAAGUGCGCAUGCAUUCUUAGUCCAUAUGAUAGAUCAGACGUGUCUACUGAAGAACGACAUUUUUUACGUUAACAAACGUACCUACCUACAUUGUUUGCGAGUAAACGAAAACAGUAAAUGUAUGCAUUUAAGUUUGGCCCCAGUCAAUGCGUAUCAUUCUAGGCACUGCGCACACAAUCUGUAUCUGCGCUUUGGUCAGAAUAACCACUCCCCCUAAGCUUAUAAGGCUACGGUUGAUUUAUAUAUACUGGUAUAGCUGGCCGGAGAUCAGCGUGGGUUUGUAGUUUUUGGCGGGGAGAUUAUGCGCGAAGCUAGAAGCGAAGCCGCGUGGAAAAAACUCCGUCAUCAUUCUUCUCGCGGCUUACUCGUCAAAUUAAACCCUUGAAUGAAGAAAUAGCGCGCGAUAAAUCCCGCUAGCUACGCAGGCAAGCUGAUUUCUAAUCACUCUCUGGGGAACUGUACUUCUGCGGGUAUAUAUUGAUGUGUCUUUGCCAACAGGUACCGUUUUCCUCUGGAUGUACUGGCCCAGCUUUAAUGCGGCCCUUGUUGCUCCUGAUUAUGUUGCCCAGCAUCGAUCUGUUAUCAACACCUACUUUUCACUGGCUGCCGCUUGCGUCACGACUUUCGCUCUCUCACCAGUCUUUCAGCGAGAAGGUGGCAAGUGGAGAUUGAGUAUGGUGAGAACAUUACUAACUUUCCGUUUUUAUUUUAUUGGGGGGGGGGGGUGGGGGUAAGGUUAGGGUUAGAGGGGCAAGAAUGGUACAGUAGAGAGAGCACAGGCUAACCUGUCUUAUUGCCAAGAAUGUCGCUGCUCGAAUGCAAAAUUCAAGAUUAGCAAAAAUGUUUAGAGACACUUAACAGAUGGGAAAACCAUGUGCAAGAAGGAAACUACAGAAAUACAUGAGGAUUUACUGUAAUUUUCAGCCAUGGAAUAUGAUUCAGAGACUUGCAAGUUGCACUGAAAUGCAUUUAAAAAAGAAGGUAUUAGCUAAUUGUUCGAUUAUGUUUUUCAAAGGUCCACGUGCAAAAUGCGACCCUCGCCGGAGGCGUUGCCAUCGGAACCGCAUCUAACAUGUCAAUCAGCCCUUGGGGAGCUCUUCUGAUUGGCUGCUGUGCCGGCGCACUGAGCACCGUGGGAUACGCCUAUGUAACUGUAAGUAAACAAGGUCUUUCUCCAAAGAACGUGUUUGAUAACUACAAACCACACUGGUUGCCUUUCUAGCCACCAUGGCCACGAACUUAAGUGUUAUCCAUUAAGUGACUCUUCCGUAACGGAUACAUUGCCUGUAUUGUUGUACAACUCACCCCGUGGACCGGCCAUUUUAAGACUUCAAACGGUGUAUUAGAAUUUGUGGGGUGGCACGCCACCGAGCGCCAAUGCCGCGAAAGGCUAGAAGUAAGGGUGCCUCUUCUAUUUGCGCCCUUAAUCAUUUGCGUAGCCAUUAUUUUUCCUCUUGCCCGUUUUGCUCCAUCGUAUUCUUUAAAGUUUUAUCUGCAGUGGUUCGACUUAAAAGUAUGCAAAAUUUAUGAUUCAUUUCUCAGCCAUUCCUGACGAAGUACACCAAGACCCAUGACACCUGUGGUGUGAACAACUUGCACGGAAUGCCGGGAAUCCUCGGUGCCAUCGCAGGCGCAAUAGCCGCUGCAAAUGCAAACGCUGACAAAUACGGAUAUGAUGGGUAAGAUGAUGCUUGUUUUUAUGCUAAUACUGUGUUCCAUUGGAUAGUUAGAGAAUAUCCCUUUCAAGGUUGUUGUUGUUAUAAUUAUUAUUAUUAUUGUUAUUAUUAUAAUUUUUUUUUCAACUUUUGAUAAAGAAAAGUAAGCGAAUAUCCAUCGAUACUGCCGGAAAGUCAAGGAGGGUAUUAGAAUAAUGUAGCUUACCAAGUUUAAGGCGAUUUGUCCAAAGAGAGCAAAGAUGUUGCUUCCCAAAGUCGCGAAGUUUUACAGACGCCUAGUAUGGUGGCGGGGCGGGGCAGGGCGGGGGGACGCACGAACUUGUGCUCCACCUUACAAAUGUCUGUAAAAUUCUGCCACUUUGUGGAACUAUAUGUUCGUUAGUUUUCAACAAAAAGUUUUCGAACUUGGCAACUUUACUGGUUUUAAGGCGUUCUUACCAGCUGGUCGCACUCAUAAGCUGAAAAAGACUAUGGAGAAGGGUCUAUUGGAAAUACAGUCAACUCCCUCUAAGACGGACACCUUUGGGACCGGCAGUAAGUGUCCGUCUUAGAGAGAUGUCCGUCUUAUAGAGAGUCAAAUAAAGGGAGUAAAGAAACGCAGGGACCAACUCUAGGUGUCCGCCUUAUAGAGGUGUCUGUUAAGAGAGAGUCGACUGUAACCAUUCUUCCGAAUUAGACAAACUAAAGUUUGACCAAACUGGAUUCCACUCAGCCCUUUCACCAUUAUUAACUGGAUAUUGUUGUGUUGACAAUUUUCAGCAUGUACAAUAUUUGGCCUGGGAUGGCUCCUGAGAAGAAUUCAACAGAGCAUCUUAAGCUGAUGAACUUGGGUGUGACUGUCAGUGGAGACGGUCGAUCUGCAAAGGCCCAGGCUGGUUACCAGAUCGCUGGUCUCGCGGUCGCUCUUGGCAUCGCUGUCAUCGGUGGAAUCGUGACUGGUAAAAUCUUUGUUGUAGUACAGUCAAACCUGUAA